GUUAAAGGAGAUGUGGCCAUCAACAAGUACGGAAAAGUUACCGGAAUAUGUCGUUGUGGUAUAUCCGGGAAUGGUAAAAAAUGCCGAGAAAGCGAUUGAAACUUUGGGCGGUGCUCAAACUCUCAACAUGAACCAUUUUGCUGGUCGUCCACUUGAACUGCGACAUCACCCGAAAAAUCUCUACGCAAAUGCUUUGGUAUCGGAGAGAACAUCUGCCGAGAAGUCAUUCGGUGGUACUGGGACAGUAUUAUGUGUUGUAACUGUACGCCGCAAAAAGUCUGAUCCAAACUGUGUGCAAGCAAAAGUGACUGGAAUGAUCUCGACAGUAUACACGUUCAAAUCCAUGUGUGAUUUCCAUUAUUUACCCAUUCGUCAAAAUGAAGCACAUCCGGGAUGUUUUGAAGAUUUAGUACCGAAACUGAUACCACUAGAUCUUCCAGGCGCGCUGUCCUGGUGGAAUCAACCUGAAAGUGAGAAUCGCACACCCUUACAUCUUCCUCCUUACCAGUUCUCAAGAUACUCAAUGCCAUCAUCCAAGUUAUUAUGCAAAGAAACUGAUUUUUCACCGGAGAAAAUAAAACGAAAAAGCGCUGGACAUGGGCAGAGUUUACGAUCAGAAAGGAAGGCAUUAUCUAUAACGGUAAAUUCAACCGCCGAAUUUCCGAAGCAACCUACUGAGGAGGCAGUCAAUGAAGCAAACAUUAGGUGUAAAAACGAUGAACCUCAUCUUUUGCUGCAAAAAUUGUUCGAAGAGCGACCAAUGUGGACCAGAGUGGGUAUUCUUAAGAAAACGGGGUUGGAUGAUGGUUUGAUAAAAAUACUACUACAAAAAUUUGCAUUUUACAUUCUAAAUGGACCAUGGGGGCGUUUGUGGUGCCGCUUCGGAUAUGAUCCAAGAACUGAUCCUAAUGCAAAACAGUACCAGUCUGUUAUGGUAACGUUUCGACAACACGCUAAAAUACCUGAAAGGCAGCGUUUGAAGAUUGUAACUAAGAAUAGUGAACGACCAGGUCACGUUUCGGUCACAAGUGCUUCAUCCCUAGCACCAGCGAUUCCGUCGACAUACGGUUCUCUCACAGAUGAGCAUAUCGAUUAUAUGUAUACACCUGGAGAGCUUCCUCGUGUACGACAAAUGUGGUAUUGCAUAUGUGAUGUGAAACUUCCAGUUGCUGAAGAAAUUACACGAAAGGAAUUUUUUGCACAUAGCGAAAGGGCUGAUCCUCAGAACGGUUGGCUGCCGCCGAAAGCCAUUGACCGGAUUCGUGACGCUAUCAAACAAGAUGUCAAGAAACUGAGCAAUCAAAUCGAGGAAGAGGAGGGGAUACCAGACGAAACCGAAGAAGAUUGGUGAAAGGAACUAAGCACUGACCAACAAAACCAUCUGUAAUAUAGGUGCUAGAUACUGGCCUACUGAGGAAUGCGGGACAUGCAUAUCGUAAGAUAAUUUCGAAUAUUUUCAGAUUGUACCAAAUUGGAGCUGAGUGUUGUUAUUGUAAAAAAGGAAAUAUUUAUGAAA